AUGAAGGAGAGAGGCGGCAAAGUCGCCGGGGGAGGUCGGCCGACGGUCGACGAGCGUUACUCACAGUGGAAGUAUCUCGUUCCAAUUCUCUACGACUGGCUCGCCAACCACAAUCUCGUCUGGCCGUCUCUUUCUUGCCGAUGGGGACCACAGUUGGAGCAAGCUACUUACAAGAGUCGCCAACGACUCUACCUCUCCGAACAGACUGAUGGUAGUGUUCCAAACACCCUUGUGAUAGCAAAUUGUGAAAUUGUCAAACCCAGGGUAGCAGCAGCAGAACACAUAUCACAGUUCAAUGAAGAAGCACGAUCACCCUACGUAAAGAAGUUUAAAACAAUCAUACAUCCUGGAGAGGUAAAUCGCAUCAGGGAGCUUCCUCAAAACAGCAAUAUAAUAGCUACACAUACGGACAGUCCUGAUGUCCUUAUCUGGGAUGUUGAAGCUCAGCCUAAUCGCCAUGUUGUUUUGGGAGCCCCAGAGUCUCGUCCAGAUUUGAUCUUGAGGGGUCACCAAGAAAAUGCAGAAUUUGCUCUUGCCAUGUGCCGGAGCGAACCCCUUGUACUUUCUGGAGGCAAGGACAAAUCGGUUGUUUUGUGGAGUAUUCAUGAUCAUAUCUCUACAUUGGCAACAGAACCAGGGCUAACGAAGUCUCCAGGAGCUAGUGGUGGUAAGAACCUGAAGACUGGUGGGGAUGACGAUAAACGUACUGAGAGCCCUGUUAUUCAAGCAAGAGGGGUCUUCCAAGGGCAUGACGAUACCGUUGAAGAUGUACAUUUCAGUCCCUCUAGCGCACAAGAAUUCUGUAGUGUUGGUGAUGAUUCCUGUCUUAUCCUAUGGGAUGCAAGAAUUGGCUCUUCUCCUGCUGUCAAGGUUGAGAAAGCACACAAUGCUGAUCUUCACUGUGUUGAUUGGAAUUCACUUGAUGAAAACCUCAUAUUGACAGGGUCAGCUGAUAACACUGUUCGCUUGUUUGAUCGUCGGAAUCUCACUGCCAAUGGGGUUGGAUCACCUAUCCACAUAUUUGAGAAUCACAGUGCUGCUGUCCUUUGUGUACAGUGGUCCCCGGACAAAUCGUCUGUCUUUGGCAGUUCGGCAGAGGAUGGAGUCUUGAACAUCUGGGAUCAUAACAAGAUUGGUGAAUGUUCUGGUACAGCCUCAAAAAUUGCACAAGGCUUAUUGUUCCGCCAUUCUGGGCACAGGGACAAGGUGGUUGAUUUUCACUGGAAUGCACAUGAUCCAUGGACAAUUGUUAGCGUAUCUAACGAUGAUGAAAGUACUGGUGGGGGCGGGACCUUACAGAUAUGGCGGAUGAUCGAUUUAAUUUAUCGUCCACAGCAGGAGGUAAUUACGGAGCUCGAUAAAUUCAGAUCUCACAUCCUCACUUGCUCAUCGCCGUAGGAUUUCAUAGAAUAGAACUUUUAGGAUUUUUUCGGAUUAUAACGAGCUCGUGGAUUGUUGUACCGUUUAGAAUUCAUGGGGGGAUUUGCAGGAAGCUAAUCUGCAUUACAUCGUUGUGGAAACUUCAUCCCCUUUUCCGGUUGGUCAAUUCAACGAUGACUGGAUUGGCAAAUUGUUAUUUAUCAUAUCGGACGUUUUUUGGAACUCUAGCACCCCAAAUUGUAAACCGUGUGGUCAAGUCGCUUUUGCGAUCCGA